UUUGUAGUAAAAAAGCGCGAGUAGGGAGCGGGGAGGUGGUGUUCUUCUAGCUAAUUUUCCAUUUCCAGUGAAAUUGUUUUAAUUUUAUAACUAAAUGGACGGAAGAUUGUUAUGAAGUGGGGAUUAGGUACAUUAGAAAGUUAAUAUUGUUCUUUCUUAGUUACAAUUACACACCAUAAAGGCCUCGCGAGUUCCUAAUAAAUGCAAUGUCCAUUGUUUUGCCUAAUUUAUAAAUUUGAAACAAGCUCCCGCGAUUGUCCUUUGUUUUGAGAAUUAAUUUUACAACACGUCCGAAGUUUUGCGGCAAGUCUGAAGCUACUUUUAUGUGUGAAAAGGAGCAUCGGUGACGACCCCUCAAGAUGACGGUGGAGAAGAGCAAAGGUCAGGAGUUCAAGAAGAUGCCUCCAGCCACCAAGAAGGUGGCUCCAGACGGGGGCUGGGCCUGGAUGGUGUGCCUCGGAGUCAGUUUAGUCAAUUUUUCAACUCGUUCCCUGGAGCCGUCAUUCGGUCUACUCUUCAAAGACUUGCUAGACGACCUCGGGGUCCACACCACGGGCGCGUCAGUCAUCGCCAGCACCCUCGACUCUGUCGUCAACUUCUCCGGCUUCUUCGUGGGCCCCGUCAUCAAGACCUUCUCCUAUAGGAAAGUGUGCUUCGUCGGGUCUACCAUAUGUGCCGUGGGCCUACUCGCCACCGCCCCGGCUAAUAGCAUGGCGCAUAUACUGGCCACUUACAGUAUUUUGGGAGGUUUCGGUGUCGGCUUGGCAUCCUCAUCAUCCUUCGUCUCUCUCAACCAUUACUUCACUAAGAAGCGCGGUCAGGCGGUCGGUUUGUCCAUGGCUGGUACUGGCUUCGGUCUCAUGGUGAUGCCACAGCUGGUGAAGAUAUUACUCUCGGAGUAUGGGUUCAGAUAUACGGUGGUGAUAUUAGGAGCCCUGGCGUUCCACGCCGUGUUGGGGUCGUGCUUGCUGCAGCCUGUCAAGAGACAUCUUAUUGAAGUGCCGGUUGAUUGUGAAAUGCAGCCGGUUAAGGAAAUGGAAUGUAUAAUGGAGAGCGACGAAGAAGCGGACGACAAGUUCGAGAUCAACCCUCUCGUGACGCAUCCAAUGCCCAAAUUGACCACUCAAAGAUCCCACACUAACAUGAACCAUCCGUCUGUAAGAACUGUUGGCAUGACGCGAGCAAAGACUUGCGACAAACCGCUCCAAGAGUUCGAGAGAAACUCCAACUUCGUAGGGUUAACUACAGCGGCCUCGGUCGCUGCCAUGCAGAGGGUUAACUCGUCUACGGGUAAUAUGAGCGAGACAGUGAGGAAGAGGAAAGUGUCUGUCAUCUCCAACAUAUCAAACAUGGACUUCACUGGGAGCUAUUUACAGCUGUAUUUAGAUACGGCGGAUGACGAAGCGCUACAAAUGAAGCCGGUAAAGAAAAUAGAAGUGGUGGAAGGCAAAGAAGAGAAAAUGGGAUUUUUCAGAAAAUUCAUAGCUCUUAUGGAUUUAGACUUACUAAAAGACUGGUCAUUUUUGAACCUUUUACUCGGACUCUCCCUGUUUUGGAGUGGGGAGUUGCAGUUUAGGAUGUUGACGCCAUUCUUUAUAAGAAGUUUGGGCUACAAUACAAAUGACACGGCGUUUUGUCUGUCCAUGACGGCCAUAACAGAUAUUUUGGUGCGACUUCUACUGCCGCCAAUAUUUGAUAGAACGAAUAUAUCAAAGAAGUUGAUAUUCUUUAUAUCUGCAUUCUUUUUGGCUGCUACGAGAUCAGUACUAGCGGAACAAAGCGAGUGGGUGCCCCUCAUGAUCUGGCUGUCCAUCUGCGGGUUCUUCCGAGGCAUGUGUCUCAGCAACUUCACGCUCACCAUCUCCGAAUACUGUCCGCUGGAGAAACUGCCAGCGGCCUUCGGUCUCCAUAUGGUCAGCAAAGGCGUGCUGGUCGUGGCUAUUGGACCGCUUAUAGGUUACGUCCGUGACUACACGGGCAGCUUCGCCACCUGCAUCCACGUGCAGAACGCGAUGAUCAUGUCGUGUGUUCUCGUGUGGGGCGUCGAGUACGCACUCGCCUUCACGAGGAGACGCAAGGUGGUGCAGAUAUAGCGGGCAGGCCCGCGGACUUGGUGCUUUGUGGGACACGGCUGUGGGAGUGCUAGAAACUGCUAUAGGAAAGGCCGGUCGGCAAGCACAGAGGAAAUUGAACGUGGACCUUUGUUUCUACCAUCUCUGCCGCCGGCCAUCAAGGUUAUUGUGCGAGCGUAAGGGCACUAUUACUGUGCGCGGGGGAUAGAUACAAAUAUAAAAAGGGCAAUGCCCGUUUUUCGCUGUGCUGAUCGACCGUGCUUGAGUGCUGUGCACUCUCUGAGGUAUGCGCGGCGAGGUGGGAGGCGAGGUUACGAGCGUGACAGAGACAGAGAUAGAGACGUGACAGGGGAGUCACUCUAUAUAUGACGAAAAUCUGCGCGCGCCACGGCCACGACAGCUCUCGUUCGUUUCGUCUGUAUAAUAUGAGUAAUCCUAGCGCAGCAGCCGAUUUCCCCCCCGACUUGCCGCGCGCAUACCUCAGGGAGUGCACAGUUAUGGCCACACUAUAGAAGGAAUGAAGGUUCAAAUGUGUUCACUUUCCGGAAGAUGUUUCAGUAAUGUUAUAGAGCCGUAGCAUUCUCGGAGUAGCCGUCUAGUGCUGAAUAGAGGAUUUGAUUUAGCAGUGAUUCGUCAUAAGCAAUUGUAGUUGUACCAGUGAUGAUCUAUGUAGAUGAAAAGUCAUCCUGACGAUUCGCAGGUUUUAAUGCAUGACUAUUGAGUAUUCAUGACAUUUAUUAUGUAUUAACAAUUUAAUAGCGUCGUUUUUGUAGGUAUGCCAAAAUCGUAAUGUAUUUUGAUAGAAACAAUGUAUUUAAUUACUCCAGUGACUUCACCGAAUAUACAUUCAAUGAUAUGUGACGACAUUAUUAUAAUAAUUAUAGUGUAUUUUUGGACAGUUGUUUGUAGUUUUGAGAGUUUUAUGAGAAUGUGUUUAGAAGAUUAUACUUAGUUUUAGUUUAGUAAAUAAUUAGUAUCUCAUGGAAACAUUUCUAAAGUGUGAUAUUGAGAUACAGUGAUGUUAACAUGACAGAUAAAUAAGAAAAUGGGCAGAGAUUUUUAAGAAGUGAAACAGCUGAUUUUAGAUUUUCAGUGAUGAAAUCAAAUAUUAUAAAUAUACUUUACAAUAUUAAGUUCUUCCUUAAACUUUCACCAUCGAUCGAAUAAAAUCAUGACAGUUAAAGUACUAAAUAACUAAAUAUACAUACCUAAUAACUAUUUGACUUUAUCAAAAUAAAUGUUUUAACAAAAUGAUAUCUAACAUACCUUACAGUAUGUGAAUAGUAAAUUAGUUUACUUAACUUAUGUAGUAUGCAUAAAACAUGACUUGUAAUUUGUAAUGAACGCUUGUCUUCCAAACUAAUAAUAUAUAACUAUUAGUCCUUCUGGUACGAAAAACAUUAUAACGAUUUAUAUGUACUUAAAAUCUUACUCAGUAAUUCAGUACUUACGUAUUCAAAGUUACGCAGUAAUUCAGUACUUAUGUUUAUUCAGAUUUAUUAUAGACUUAGUGCCAUUUAUAAAUUAAUGAUAUUUCUUUUUUACAACGGGCAAUAUGAAAUGUUUGUGCCAAAAUAUAUGUAUAUCCCCAAUAUUAUCAUAUCCGAUGAAUUAUCACAGUUUUUAUUAUGUCUUAUACCAACAUGUGCAAGAUAUUGUAGCAUACUUCUGUAUUUUGAAGUGGUGGCGAUAUCUAAUAAUUUAUAUGUAUAAAAAUGAGAUGAGAAAAAUGCGAUUAAUUAAUAUAAUUAUACAUGGUACGUCUAUAAAAAGUAUCAUGUAUAAUGGUAGAUUACUCAAAGCUUUUUUGAAAUAUGUGUUAAAGGAGACCUACUAUUGAUAUUAUGAAACUGAAAUGAAUUUAAGUGUAAUGCAUAAAUGUACACCAAAAAAACAAUAAUGUAAGUAUUUAUCUGAUCAUUUAUAACAAGACACGCAUCAUUUUUCAUCAUGUGAAUUAUUAUGUUUUGAAUUGUUAAAAGUAUUAAAUAAGAUAUAUAUUCGAUUUGGAUUUAUGACUUAAAAAUGCAGAGAAUUUCGUAUUUUAAUUAUAAAAAAGGAAUACGUACAUUAAAUACUAAUAUAAGUACUUAAUCAUUUUUUUUAUAUAAGUAUGUACUAGUACAACCAAAUAACUUUGUUUUGUAUUUCAGUUAUUUUUUAAUAUUUUAUAUUUUUGCCAUUCAGUGAGUUGAAAAGAAAGACAUGUCGAAAUUAAAAUAGAGUGGUUACCGA